CCUACAUCUUCCUGUCACACACUUUCUCUCUCUAGAAACAUCCCAAAACAUUCUCGCUCUCUGUGUGUGUGUCUAAAAUUGUCGGAAGGAAGAAGAUAUGUUCUAUUCGCAGACGUUUUUGGCUCGGAAAGGUCCAUUGGGGACGGUGUGGUGCGCGGCUCACUUGCAACACCGCCUCAAGAAAUCUCAUUACACCUCCACUAGCAUACCCAAAACCGUUGAGCUUAUAAUGUUUCCUGAGGUGCCACUAGCAUUGAGAAUGUCUGGUCACCUUUUACUGGGAGUUGUGCGAAUAUACUCGAAGAAAGUUGAUUACCUUUUCCGUGACUGUAAUGUCGUCCUUACAUGGUUAGCCAAGGCUUUCGUUUCGACCAACGUUGACUUGCCAGAGGAGGCGAGAAAGGCACCGGUUGAAUCAGUGACUUUGCCAGAGACGUUAAGCUUAGAUGAUUUCAACUUGGAUGAUGACACAUUUGAGAGGGACUUUAAUAAUCAUCUUAGGAGUCAUGAAGAGAUCACUCUCACAGAUCAAAUUCCUACCAGCACUGAUCCUUAUGUUGCUGUAACUUUUGACGAGGAUAUCUUUCAAGAUUUAAGACCCAUGAACAUCGACACUGACACCACUGUGCCUUUGAGUGGUAACCUGGAUAAUGUUGUUGAAGAAACAGAUGCUGCAAUGCCUAAUGAGACUGAACCAAGCAAUCAGCCAGGAAAUUCUAACGUCGCUCAACCUGAAUCUUUUGGUAAUGAUAAUGGGACAGAAGAAGUUCCUGAUAACGUGGAGUUCCAGGAUUCUAGACCGAGCAACUUGACAGAAGUACUGAAUACAGAGAACACUGACGUAAAUUCUCCUCAAAGUGCUCCUGAGUUCGAGAGAAUGCGUGAUGCUACUCACGAUUUCAGCCCUGGAAUCCAUCCAUCCAUUGCUCCGAAGCAAAGAAACGACACUGAUGAACCGACUGAACUUUUAGAUGAAACCCUAAAUGAGAAGGAAAAUCCAACCCCUGUUAUUGCUGAAGAGAUGUUAGAUCUUGGAGGGCAUUCAGGAUUUGAGCUCUGUUCAGGAUCACCGGCUUUUGCUGUCCGCGAGGAAGAAUCUGCAAAUUUCGUCCUUUCGUCACCUCAACUGGCUCUCCAGCCAAGUCCUCCCCCAGCAGAGCAGCAACCUGAACCAAGACCAAGGAAGAGAAAGCAUUUUGAUAAAGCCACUGUAUUAACUAACAAGGUAAUGAAGCAGAGGCUGGAGGAUCCUAGCGAUACACUGCGGAAAAAGAGGAACAUGCCUUCAACUAGUCUAGGGAUUUGGAGAACGAAUAAGCGGUCAAGGAAAGAACAAAUGUUCGAUGAACCUCUUUUAACUGGUUUAUCAGAUGAUUUAAGCAAUUGUUUCAGACAGGAAUAUGUUGCUUCAAAGCCACAUCUUGCCGUCAGAGAUGACACUGUCCCGGAACAGACAUCUGUAUUAUCUCCUACUCAGGAAGCUGUCUCUGAAGUUAACCCGGAAUUUACAACUGUUCAGUCUCCGAUUCAAGAAUCCAAUGUUCCUCUGUCUCCUCAUUCUGCCACCGAAGCUCAUACAGACAGGAUGGUUCAUCAGUCUCCAGCUCAGGAAACUGAGGCUGUCCAAGAUUUUACGGUUCUCCUAUCUCCUCAUCUUGGAUCUGAAGCAACGGUAGCACGAUCUGCCCAGUCAUUUGGUAAUGAUGACAUGGAAAUCGAACGUUUUAGAGAUGGAGCUCCCCCUGAGUUCCUGGACUCGCCCGCAAGAUUCUCGCCUUCUAGAACUGAUGAGUUCACUCCUCAGCCUGGAACUUCUGGGAUGUCAUCAGCCAUGCCAUCCUAUACCGCCGAAACUUCAUCUUGCAGAACCGAGUCUGAAAUUCCAGGGACAAUUCCAGAGGAUUUCCCCAUACCAGAGAAUUCCGAGCUUUCAGAUAUUCCUGAAAUAGAUGAAGAACUUUCUUUUCUGGAGGCAGGCAGCGAUACACCGAUAAAAUCCGCAGCUAGUCGAAGAUCUGGUGCUUUGUCAGUGAGAACAAGAGCGUUGGCUCAGUAUCUAAAAGAACGUUCUGGAAGUAGCCCGACUUCCGAGGGUCCAUCCGAAGAUCUCAGCUUGAAAAAGAUCUUGCAAGGAAAGAAAAGGAAGCUGUCUGCUCGGAUGUUCUUCGAGACACUGGUGUUGAAGAGUAAUGGGCUUAUAGAUGUGCAACAAGAUCAACCCUAUGGUGAUAUAACUCUGAAGCUGCUGCCUGCCCUUUACUCAAAGGCUCAACUAUGAAGCUCUGUACAUUGUGCAAGCAUGCCCUUCAAGCCUUGUUGAUGUGCAUAGCCUGUAAUACUCACUGAAACAUGUGACUGGGAAGGAGAGUUUGUGGGUAGAUAGGGAUAGCCUUGGAGGGAUUGAGAGUUUUAGACAGAGUGAUCAUAACCAGAUUAGCUUGGUUAGUGAAUCUAGAAGAGAUUAGUUAGUUUUGUUUCAUGGGCAUUGGUCUCUGGAUAAGGUUGUAAAUGAGGAAGAGGCUAAGCUACCAGAUAGAGGGACAAAGAGUUUUCAUUUCCUUACACCCCCUUUUUGUAUUCUUUUGUAAUAUAUUAUCUAUGCAUAGUAAGGGGUUGUUUCGGGAAUAGUUCGGUUCGAUUUUUUUGGUUUUUCAAAAAUAUGUAACAAUUUGUUAUUAUAUCAUAUUCGGUUUGGUUU